AUGCAAAAUAAAAUAUUUGAAUCAGCACAUAUAGAUAUCAAACUAAUACCACGAUUUCUAUUAUAAUCCAAGUUUCUAUCCAAAAAAAAUAAUUCUAUUGAAAUCAUGUGUCAUGAAAAUCUUUUGUUUAAGAAAGUAGUUCUAUAUUUAAUUCCAAGUCUGAAAAAUCUGUAAAAAUGACAGCACUUAACAGUACAUUGAGAUAUUAAAUAAAACAUGAAUCUACUUCUGUUAUUUUAAGACUAGAAAAGGAUGAUUGUUAAUUUAAAGAAUAUUUAUUUCUAGAUAAAUCGGAACCUUGGGAAAAAAAAUUAAAAUCUUCAAUUCCCCAAUUAGAUUAUCAGACUUAUUACGAACUUGAGAAGUUGAUAGGAAGUGGAAGUUUUGCAUCUGUUUAUAUAGCUAAAAGGAAAACAGAUGGUAUUAAAUUUGCGAUUAAAGCAUUCCUAAAAAAGAUGCUUAUGUAAAAAGAUCCUGAAAAAUGGAGAGUAAAUAAUUAGAUAUAAUAAUAUAUAGGAAUCGAUAGAUAAUGAAAUAAAAGUAAUGAAGUGUUUAGAUCAUCGAAGUUUAUUAAAAUGUUAUGAUCAUUUUGAAAAUAGAGCAUAAUGUUAUAUAGUAAUGGAUUGGGCUAGAGGGGGAACUUUGGAGGAAGGAUUAAAGAAAUUGGAAGAACCUUUGCCAUUUUUGACAGUAAAAGUUAUUUUCAGAUAAAUUGUUGAAGCUGUCAAACACAUGCAUGAACGAGGAUUUAUGCAUAGAGAUUUAAAGCCAAGUAAUAUAUUGUUAAAGAGACCAAUGGCAUUGAAAUAAUUUUCAUUAAUUGCAUAAGCAGAUCCUAAUAUAGUAGUUAGUGAUUUUGGAGUUAGUUCAGAGAUAAAAAAAGAUAUGGAUGUUGGAAAAUAUUGUGGAUCUCCAGGUUUUAUGGCUCCUGAAGUAAUAAAAUGUGAAAAUAACAAAGAUUUGACAUAUAAUGAGAAAUGCGAUAUUUUUAGUUUAGGGUGUAUUUUAUAUAGAUUGUAAUUUUAUUUGAUAAAUAAUAGAAUAACUAAUAAACCAUUAUUUAAUGGAUAGAAUUCAUAGAUUUUAAAAUAAUAAAAUAGAGAGUGCAACUUAGAUUGGGUCAAACUUUAAGAAGAAUUAUAUGAUAAUAAGACAUUAACAAAUUUAUUAAAAAAAUUGUUAUCAUAAGAUUCCAGAGAACGACCAUCAUGUGAGGAAAUAUUAAAUAAUAAGAUCUUACAUGUAUAAUUAGAUAAUGAUGGUUGUCCAUUAUUUAUAAAUUAUAAGAAACCUAAAUCAACUUCAAUUCAAUAAGUAAAGACUGCAAGACCAUCAAUCAAAUCAAGUAGUAAUUGCAAAUUACCUUAAUUAUCACCAAAUUAGUUUAAUAAUAAUCACAAUAAUAAUCAUACAAAUAAAAGAUCAAGUAAUAUUUUAUUACCUCCAAUAAAGAGUAGAUUAUAAACUGAAUAAAGUUAAUAUUGA